UAUGUAUAUAUAUACAUGGAUGUAGUACGGUCGGGUCGGUAGUCGGUAGUACACCGCGCGUACAUUAUGUACCUACAACAACCUAUUUGACGUAAAGCGUAAACAAAGUGCUUAGUUUCCAGUGGUAGCACGAACCUAUAAUCGUCCAUGCAUUCGACCUCAUAAUACUUUGGUUGCUAAUUGUUUCGAAGGAAAAAAAAAAAAAAAAAUUCAACUCAAAACAAAAUCUGAAAGAUGACGUCGCUGGACCUGAGGCAGCAGAAACUCGAGCAACAGAGGCAAUUAAUAGCUCAAAAGAUGAAGCAGAAAAGACAAACAGGAGCUGGAGGAAUGGUACAGGCCUCUAAUAUUUCGAGUGCCACACUUGGAAGACGCUCAUCAGGAUGGCAACACGAAUUACAGGGAUAUGAUGGCUCUUUUUAUCACGGUAUGUUUCCAGGUACUCCUGAUGCAAGCACACUGCCUCAAAAUAGGACUAUGGAGACUGAUACAGACAUUAGCACAGAAGGAGUUUUUUAUGAUGGUCCAGAUGAAGAAUCUUCACCAGUGGAAAUUCAAUCACCAACAGAAACAUUGGCAUGCGCAUCGCCGCUAAGAAUAGCACCUUCGGAUGGGCCCAUUAAUAUGAUCAACAGAGAUAAUCACUCUUCGAGUCCAGAGCUCGAAGGAAAUGUGGAAGGUAACAUAGAACAAUUUGUCUUACAACCAGCAAAUAAAAAAAUGCACUACAAAUGUCGAAUAACUAGAGAUAGAAAAGGAAUGGAUCGUGGUUUUUAUCCAACAUAUUUUUUACAUUUAGAGCGGGACUACGGCAAAAAGAUUUUCUUACUCGCUGGACGCAAAAGAAAACGAAGCAAGACGAGUAACUACUUGAUUUCCACGGACCCGACCGAUUUAUCGAGAGACGGGGAUGCUUACGUCGGAAAACUAAGGUCGAACCUUCUCGGGACUCAGUUCACUAUAUACGACAACGGCUUCUCUCAGCUAAAAGAUGACAAGCGAGAAGAAUCGAGAAGAGCUCACCCGAGACAAGAAUUGGCAGCCGUGAUCUACGACACAAAUCUUUUGGGUUUUAAAGGACCGCGCAAGAUGACUGUUAUCAUACCGGGCAUGACUGGCGAUCAGAAACGAGUUCAAGUAUGCCCGCGUGAUGAGUCUGAGACAUUACUAGAAUGUUAUAAGUUGAAAAGCAUGGAUAAUUUGAUAGAGCUGCAUAACAAAACGCCAGUAUGGAACGAUGACACGCAAUCGUAUGUCCUCAAUUUUCACGGCCGCGUUACACAGGCAUCGGUUAAAAACUUUCAAGUAGUACACGAAACCGACCUGGAUUACAUAAUAAUGCAGUUUGGCCGUGUGGCGGACGACGUGUUCACGAUGGAUUAUCGAUUUCCCCUGUGUGCACUUCAAGCGUUCGCCAUAGCGCUCAGCAGUUUCGAUAGCAAACUCGCAUGCGAAUAGAGUUUUUUUUCGUGUGUCGCCCGUUCUUCUAUGUGCAAACUAUUAUGUGUGUGUGCGUGUGUGUGCGUGUGUCUGGAACCGCGACACGCGACCAAUAUUUGUUUCCGAUCGAUUUGCCAGGCCACCCUCACAUAUCUUCUCGAGCUUAAAAGAAGUCGUUGUAAAUCGUGAAACGUACUUACAACAUGCCAUAUCACUAUCGAGCUUAUUAGCGUCGAGAAUCUAAAAAAGCGUAGCACUUUUUUUAUGAGCGGAAAACAUUUUAAAUUAUCGCAGUGGAACCGUGGCAAAGAUUCCAUUGAUGUCUCUUUGAACAAAAAACACUAAGUAAUCGGUUAAUCAACGUUUGUCACUGUCCCUUUUUCUAUGGAUCCUAAAAAAAUAGAUGUGAAUUUCAUGGGCAACAUCGACUAAGCUGAUUGCAAAGUUUUUUAAUUCGACUCGUUUAUACACCGAAUACAUCAAUUAUGAUUUUAAGUUGAUUUAUAGUAUUAAUGAAAAAUUAUGUUUUACUUGUAAAAGUUAAAGAAAUAAUACGAAACGAGCUCAGAAUGAAUUGCGAUUAUGUGUUUAGUCAAAAAAUGAAUUUUUCCGAAGAAACACGAUCUGUGCAAUUAUAUUAUUCUUAACGCCGCUUUACGAUUGCGAGUGCUUGAGAUAAUUUUGCGCUAAAAGAUAAUAAAAUGAAAAUAUCAGAAAACUUUUUGGAUUUCCUAAAACAUGAAAAUUAUCACAUACAUAUGACUUCUAUGUAAUUCUAAAGAACGAUUUUAAUGUGUUCAGUCUAGAUUCCAGAACAAAAAAAAUGUGACAAAACGUGCGUACUUAUGCGCGAUACUCGCGUAUUAUGCUAUAACGUUUCAGUAUUAAUUAUAGGAAACAAAAGACAACGUACAGCAUUUUUUAUAUACUAGAGUUCUAAACACGAAAGCUCUUGUUGAAGCAUUGAUAAUUGUGUACUUAAUUAAGAUAUGAAAAAUCUCGUAGCGUGAAUAUUGUAUAAAUUAUGUAAAGCGAGAGCUAGUGGCUCUGUACAGCUGCAGAGUAUAAUUUUAGUAUAUAAGAUGAAGUUUGAAAUUCUAAAAAUAAUGUUUGCAAAGAACAUACUGUUAUAAUGUUAGAUAUAUAUAUCGUGGCGUUCUCAUAAAAUACAUUGAAACACUUGCAUUACUUGUUGUUUCUCUCUUGAAGAUAUUAAUAUGCUAUGUAAUUGAUGAAUUUACAAAAAUUGUAUUUUAUACAAAUCGAUUUAUUUAACACAAAAGUCUAUUAAACUGCGCACAAAAACACGUGUUUCAUGAUUCAUAAAGCAAUAUAUUUAAAGGAAAUAUGGGAUAUAUGACGUGUCUAGUCUAUGUAACUCAAUUUGAUGACAGUUGUUUCACAAUAGUUUUUCCAUCUCAAAAAAAAGAUUGAGCACGUGUGUUCUACAAACAAUAAAUCUUUUUUCAUAAC